AUCUAGCGUGUAGGAAUCUAGGUUUCCAGCUGAUUUCUAUGACUGAUUUCUGAUUUUUGAUUUUACAGCACAGCCACAGCUUUUUUCUAUAGUCAAGGCAGUGUCUAAUAGAAAAAAGGCUAGACUAGAUGUACCUAUAUUGAACUGCCUUAAGUCCACAUAUUUUUAUAGCAGUUAACUAUGGAAGAGCCCCAGAUAUUACAGAAGAAACUUUAUUUUUUACUGGAGCAAUUACAGAGUAUGGCAAGCGAAUUACCUCCGUUGCGAUACUGUGUCAUCAUUCUGUGGGGUGAGCAAGAAAGGAGCUUGGAAGGUUUAGGACUUGCAAUCGCUGCAAACAACGGUGUUCAGCAUUAUAUUUCUUUGUUUUCAGUGGAGGAACAGGAUCUGUUGAAGCAAUAUGAGAACAAUUCGGAUAAAAAAAUAGAGGUCUUACAAAAGUUUAUGAUAGAACAAAAAGAAGAACUUAAGAAAUUUGAUAUGAAAUUGGUUUUGGAAUUGGAUAAAAAGGUUGCAGAUCAGCAAAACAUUUUAGAACAAGCUGGCGUACCUGGUUUUUAUUACACAACCAGUCCAGUAGAAAUAAAAUUACAGAUGUAUUUAUUAGAUUUUCUCUUACGUCUUAGCCAGCAGGAAGUUCCACUGGUACGGCAAUAGUGUGUCGAGCUCCUAAAAUAAAAAACUUUGGAAUUGGUUUAAGUGUAGACCUAAAGUAUGAAUUAGGGUGUAUUUCAGAAAAAUAUUUUAAGAUCUACAGUGUUGCUCAAAAAAAUGUGAGUGGAUCUGGAUAAUCUUUUUUUAAUGAAACGCCCUGUAUAUAUUGCAUUUUUGGUUUCCUCUCUGAUCACAUUAUCCACAUAAUUAUAAAAUAUUAUUAAAUAUCGUUUGAUAGUUUAAGAGAUAUUAAUAACUGAAUAAAAAAUAUUUUUUUUUGGUCCAUUUUUAAAAAAAGUUAUUAAAAAUAUAAGAGAAAUGCCCUGAAAUCAAAACUAUACUAGGUAUUUACUA